AUGGCAGAACAGAGUGGGCACACGACAGUGGAGGUGGGCGUGUUGACUGUGAGCGAUCGAGUGUCGCGCGGGGAGGCCGAGGAUCUCAGCGGACCUCUCGCCAUCUCCAUCAUCGAGCAGCACCUCAAGCACGCCAAGGUUGUGGCGACCGCUGUGGUUGCAGAUGAAGUGGACGACAUCCAGCGGGUGCUGAAGGAAUGGAGCGAUGGACGUAAGCUGCAGCUCAUUCUCACGACCGGAGGCACCGGGUUCGCGCCGCGCGACAUCACGCCCGAGGCCACCAAGGCGAUACUGGACCGGGAGGCGCCCGGGAUGGUGGUGGCCAUGGUGUCGGCCUCGCUGCAGGUCACCCCGCACGCCAUGCUCAGCCGACCAGCCGCCGGCAUGCGGAAGCAGACGCUGAUUGUCAACCUCCCCGGUAGCUCGAAGGCCGUCAAGGAGAACAUCGACGUGCUUCUCCCGGUGCUUCCGCACGCGAUCGGCCUCUUGAGGCAGGACCCUCGCGCCGCGCAGCCUUCGCAGCACCACAAGCUCGACAUGAAGUAG